AUGGAAGCAAACAAGUUGAACCAAGAAAUCGUUUUGCUUCGUAAGCACAUCAGAAUGUGUAGUGGAACAUCUGAGGCUGAUUUAAUCAGCAAUCUUCCGGUUAGUAUUGUAGAGAAUAUCAUGGGAUGUUUGCCAUUGCGGGAUGCAGUAAGGACUAGUAUUUUGUCGAGAGAAUGGAGGUACAAAUGGGUAACGUGUCCGGAACUCGUGUUUGAUUUUUGGUUCGAUCAGAUGUUUCUUGGACAUCACAAACUCGAGAAACUCGUGUACCUUAUUCUAAAACUUCAUCAAGGACCCUUGAUUAAGUUUGCCCUCCAGGUCCCUGCUUUCAGAAGUUGCCCAGAUAUUGAUCAAUGGGUUGAUCUUAUGCCAAACAACACUAUCCAGGAUUUCACUCUUCACAUUUCUCGGGGGGACAACCAUAAAUUGCCUUCUCGUAUAUUCACUUUUAACCAGCUAAGAAAGUUGAAACUUUAUAAAUGCGUAUUAUACCCUCCUCUGGGAUUCAAAGGAUUUAAUAAGCUCUUGAAUCUCGAUCUUCAGAAUGUUGACCUUGUGCCCCAAACAUUUGCAAGCUUUAUCUCAGCUUGCCCGAUACUUGAACGAUUGAGGAUGAUUGAUUGCACCAGUUUCAAUUGCCUUGAAAUUGAUGCUCCCGCAUUGAAGUUUCUAGAGUUUCACGGGGUAUUCAGAUCCAUCUCUUUCACAUAUAGCCCUCUUCUUGCGGAAGUUAUUAUAUCUUUCUCUUCCAUUGAUUUCGGAACGGGAAAAUGCUUCUCGUCUAAUUUAAUCACGUCUCUAAGUUGUCUGCCUUCUCUCGAGGAACUGCAUAUGCAGGCUUUCGCCUUGCAGGAACUUGCUGAGGAUGGUUUACCUAAGAAACUUCCAGUCACUUUGGAAACUCUGAAAAUUCUUCACCUCUCCGAUAUGUAUUUCGAAAAAAUUGAGGAGAUCGCUUGUGUUCUUUGUUUGAUUAGAAGCUCUCCCAAUUUACAAAAGCUUAAAAUUACAGCUUUCACUUUCGAUGUUGUGGAGUCCGUGGGGGAAUAUCUCCGCGCACAAAAUAGCUCCGAUUGCUUGGCUCAGCUUAAGACUGUGGAUAUGCUACUUUUCUCUGGGGUCGAGCCUGAAAUGGAAUUUGUUAAAUAUCUGUUGGCAUCUGCUACUGGACUCGAGGAAAUGGCGAUUUUGCCCCAUGCUGGAAGCGUCUCUGAUGGAGGUGAGUCGAUAAUGAAUGAACUUAAUCAGUUUCCUCGAGCAUCAGCGAAGGCAGAAAUCAUUAAUGUCAAAAAUGAAUCAUGA